AUGCCUCAUCUUCCCUCAUUCACUCUACCUUAUAAUAUCUCGAGCCCGUUAUUGGGAGUAUCGAUACUGGUCUGCACCGCCAUUGCCUAUACGGUUGCCAAGAUGUUCGGAUUCACCCGCAAGAACGAGUUCCCCGUCGAGGGUCGAACUGUCGUUGUCACUGGCGGCUCUGAUGGCAUGGGUCGUGCUCUCGCCAUCCAGCUCGCUGCCAAAGGCGCUCACGUCGUUGUGGUUGCUCGAACUGUCUCCAAGCUCCAGAGCACUGUUGAAGCGCUCAAGGCUAUUGCUCGGAACCCCAUGAAGCAGCGGUUCUUUUACAUUAGCGCCGAUCUCAUUGACAGCGCCGAAUGUGAGCGUGUGAUCGCCGAAGUCACUGCCUGGAAUGACGACUGUGCCCCCGAUGUCGUCUUCUGCUGUGCGGGCUUCUGCCAUCCUGGUUUUUUCACCGAUGUGCCCCUCUCCGUCCAGCGUCAGCAGAUGGACACUGUCUACUGGACUGCCGCUAACAUGGCUCAUGCCACCCUCCGCAAAUGGUUGACUCCCGUUCCCCCCAGUGGGCAGAUCAAGAACCCUCGUCGACACUUCAUCUUCACUUGCUCUACCCUUGCAUUUGUCCCAAUUGCUGGUUACGGUCCUUACUCGCCUGCCAAGGCUGCCAUUCGCUCGUUGUCGGAUACCCUCAGCCAGGAGAUUGAGAUGUAUAAUGGAGCCUAUUCUCAGCGACACCGCAACUCAGCCCCUGCUGCUGAUAUCAAGAUUCACACUGUCUUCCCGAUGGGUAUUCUCAGCCCUGGGUUCGACAACGAGCAGAGGAUUAAGCCCGAGUUGACCAAGAAGCUUGAGGAGGCUGACAAGCCCCAGACUCCCGAGGAGGUCGCCCGGAUUACCAUUGCGGCUCUGGAGCGUGGCGAGUAUCUGAUCACCACCAUGUUUGUGGGCAACAUCAUGAAGGCAACUGCUCUUGGAGCCAGUCCUCGCAAUGCUAUCGUUGGCGACACCCUGCUCAGCUGGCUCAGCAACCUGGUCUUCCUUCAUGUUAUUCCUGAUCUCCGCAACAAGGCAUUCAACUGGGGUAAGACUCAUGGACUGCCCAAGUCUUCGAACCAGGAUUAG